CCCGCUCCGGGCUUUACCUCCAGCCGCUUUAGAUCAAUGUCUCUCUGCCUCUCUCUCCAGCUGUAAGGCGGCGGAGGACGGAGUGAGCGGGUUCGAACCCCCUCCCCUCCUCAGACGGAGCAGACCUCCGGGAAGCGGCGCGCGGGGCUGAUGGAGACUCAGCCUGAUAGUUGCAGCAACUUCUUCUCCUGGACUCUGAAAGGGGGAAACUAAUUUCCUGGUUGUCUGUUUUUGGAUUUUCCCCUCCCGCCUGUUUUCCGCCUGUCCUGCGGGGGCUUCCAGCCCAACCGGGGCAUCAGGGGCAUUUUGGGGGGAAAGGGAGACAGAAGCACCUCUGCUCUCCCCAUCAGCUGACUGAGCUUUUCUCUUACCCUGACCAACAGCUGGAUUUAAGCGGCGCCACAGAACAGCUGGAUUGGGUUUUUUCAGAACCACCUCGAACUCGUUGGGACCGAGCGGGGCAGCAUGACUGCUUCGGUUGGAUGUACGGUUGGUGUGUGGAGGGUUCGAGCCCGGAGGAGGACGCGGGGACUGCACACGCCGCUGCUGCUGCUGCUGCUGCUGCUGGGAGCGCGCGCCACAGCGCACGCGUCGAACAUCGCCUCGUCUUCCUCUUCGUAUUCAUCAAAUCUUGGUUUUGUAGACUUCACCUUCACCCGGGAGCCUCGGGACACGGUCACAGUGCGGGGGGGUGUGCUGCAACUUGACUGUCAGGCUCAAGCAGAUUCAGUCACAAGGCGUCCCAGCAUCACAUGGCGUAAAGAUGGAGUGUUGCUCAGCACAGUGGUUGAUGAGCGACGACAGCAACUCAGCAACGGCACCCUGAUGGUGCGAAAUGUGGUGCAUUCGCGGCACCACAGGCCAGAUGAGGGAGAAUACCAGUGCCUUGCUACUCUGGACGGUCUGGGGAGCAUAGUGAGCCGGACUGCAAAAGUCACUGUGGCAGGUCCGCUGAGGGUGAUCGUCCCCACAGAAUCGGUGUCUGCGUACCUCGGUGACACAGCACUGCUUCGCUGUGAGGUCUCAGGGGACCCACUACCUGUCAUACGUUGGCAGAAGAACCGUGAAGACCUACCAUUGACCUUUGACCCAGACUUUCGCCUUGCAGUGUUGCCGUCUGGCUCACUGCAGGUGAGCCGUGUUCAGCCGCCGGACUCAGCCACGUACCGCUGUCUUGCUGAUAACCCUGGCAGCACCAGGACGGGGACAGAUGCAGAACUCCGAGUCCUCCCAGAACCUGGUGUGAGCAGGAACAUCCAGUUCCUCCAGCGUCCAUCCAGAGUGACAGCUCUGCUGGGGACGGAUGCUGUGCUGGAGUGCUCUGCCUCUGGCUACCCAACGCCGAGCAUCCAGUGGAGGAGAGGAGACGAAGGGAUUCAAAGCUGGAACAAGAAGUAUUCUCUGCUUGCAGGCAGCAAUCUGAUCAUCAGGAGCGUCACCGACGACGACUCUGGCACUUACAGCUGUACAGCCACCAACAAAAACCACAACAUCACGGCACAAGCAGAGCUCAGCGUUCUAGUUCCUCCGCAGUUCCUGAACUAUCCGACCAACACCUACGCCUCCGAGUCCACCGACAUCGAGCUGGAAUGUGCCGUCACAGGAAAUCCCCUGCCGACUAUCCGCUGGAUGAAGAACGGGGAAGAAGUAAUCCCAAGUGACUACUUUCAAAUAGUGGACGGCAGCAACCUGCAGAUUUUGGGUUUGGUGAAGUCUGAUGAAGGAUUUUAUCAGUGCGUUGCUGAGAACUCUGCUGGUAGCUCGCAGGCUAUGGCUCAGCUGUUGCUCCGAGAGCCAGUGUCCCCAAGCCCGGGCGUUGCCCUUCCCUCUGCCCCCCGUGACCUGGUCCCUGUCCUAGUGUCCAGCCGAUUUGUCCGACUGAGCUGGAGACCACCAGAGGAGACCGGGGGAGGGGUCCAGACCUAUGGCAUUUAUUAUUCCCAGGACGGAGUUGAGAGAGAGCGCUCUGUGAACGUAUCUGAACCAGAGUCCUUGGAGCUGACAGUCUCCAACCUGAAACCUGAGGAGAGCUACACCUUCAGGGUUGUUGCCUACAACGACAUCGGGCCUGGAGAAAGCUCAGCAGCCCUAAAGAUCACCACCAAACCAGACCUUGAGGUCCCCAGCAGGGUGGAGUCUCUUCGAGCUUUGGCCCUUUCUCCAACAUCCAUACAGGUGAACUGGGAGCCCCCCAGCCAUCCCAACGGCCCCAUUCUAGGCUAUAGACUGCUUUGGACGGAGAGCCCAUCUGGCAAAGAACAGAGCGUGGAGGUGGGUGGGCUCACCUACAAGAUGGAUGGACUCAACAGGUUCACGGAAUAUACCGUUCGUGUUUUGGCAAUCAAUCGCUACGGACCAGGAGUCGCCUCCGAGGCCAUCGGUGUCACCACCCACUCAGAUGUGCCCAGUGCGCCGCCACAGAACAUCACCUUGGAAGUUGUCUUGUCUAGAAGUAUCAAGGUGUCCUGGCAGCCUCCUCCACGCAGCAACCAGAACGGCAUCAUCACCGCCUACAAGAUCAAAUACAGAAAAACCGGCCGGCGCGGCGACCAAGAGGCCAUUGAACCGAACAACUUCUGGUACCUGUUUACAGGUCUGGAGAAGGGCAGUCAGUAUAGCUUUCAGGUAGCAGCCAUGACAGUGAAUGGAACAGGUCCUGCCAGUGAGUGGUAUGCCGCCGAGACCCCCGAGAAUGACCUGGAUGAGAGUCAAGUACCCGACCAGCCCAGUUCUUUGCACGUCAGACCGCUUCCCAACAGCAUCAUCAUGUCCUGGACUCCGCCCCUCAGCCCCAACAUCCUGGUUAGAGGCUACAUAAUUGGCUACGGAGUGGGAAGUCCCUACGCCGAGACGGUCCGAGUGGACAGCAAGCAGAGAUACUACUCCAUUGAGAACCUUGAGCCAAGCUCACACUACGUAAUUUCUCUGAAGGCGUUUAAUAACGCUGGCGAGGGAGUUCCUCUAUAUGAGAGCGCUGUCACCCGAUCUUUGACAGACCCCAUAGACCCAUUGGAAGAUGACCUCUUCCACCUCUUUGAUAAAUACCCCACUCCCAUGCCAGACACCAGCACUCCCAUGAUCCCUCCUGUCGGGGUCCAAGCUGUAGCUCUGUCCUCGGACUCUGUGCGGAUGUCGUGGGCCGACAACUCCAUGACGAAGAACCAGAAAUCCUCUGAGGUCCGGUAUUACUCUGUCAAGUGGAAGAGCAGCUACUCUACAAGUGGGAAGUACAAGUCUGCAGACACCACUGCUCUGAGCCACACCAUCACUGGCCUGAAACCAAACACCAUGUAUGAGUUUGCUGUCAUGGUAACCAAAGGUCGAAAGUCCAGCACCUGGAGUAUGACGGCACACGCCACGACGUAUGAAGCAGCGCCUAGCUCCGCCCCUAAAGACUUGACUGUCAUCAGCCGUGAGGGGCGUCCUCGCUCCGUUCUCAUCAGCUGGCAGCCACCUCUGGAGGCCAACGGUCGGAUCACAGGCUAUAUCUUGUAUUACACAAUGGAUAAGAACAUCCCAAUAGACGACUGGGUGAUGGAGGCCAUCAGCGGGGACCGGCUGACUCACCAGGUGGUGGAUCUGAACCUGGACACAGUUUAUUACUUUAGGAUUCAGGCCAAAAAUGCCAAAGGUGUUGGGCCUCUGUCUGAGCCGAUCCACUUCAGGACAGCCAAAGUGGAACAUCCAGACAAGAUGGCCAAUGAUCAAGGACGAGGUGGAGAACAUGCAUACUGGCCAUCUGACACCAAUCCGAUUGACAGGAGCAGCAUCAAUGAUUCCCCCAUUGGUCAAAUGCGCCCACCUCAUAGCAGCGUCACACCCCAAAAAAACAGCAAUCUGCUGGUCAUCAUUGUGGUUUCUGUGGGCGCCAUUGCUGUGGUCGUGGUCGUCAUAGUGGCGCUCAUCUGCACCCGUCGCUCCUCAGCCCAACAAAGGAAAAAAAGGGCGAGCCACAGCGCCAGUAAAAGGAAGGGCAGUCAGAAGGAUCUACGACCUCCUGACCUCUGGAUCCAUCAUGAAGAAAUGGAGAUGAAGAACAUGGACAAAGCUCCAAGUGUCGCUCCUUCUGGACGGGAUUCACCCCUCCAGUCCUGCCAGGACCUUCCCCAAGUGGCACACAGCCAAUCAGAGAGCCAGAUGGGCAGCAAGAGCAGUCAUUCAGGACCCGAUGCUGAUGAGGCCUCCAGCGGCAUCUCCACCCUGGACCGCUCCAUCACCACCAGGAGGGGAACAAGAGGCAAGAUGAUGAUUCCCAUGGACUCACAACCUAGCAACACGCCGGUGGUCAGUGCCAUCCCGGUGCCUGCUCUGGAUUCUGCUCAGUAUCCCGGUAUUCUGCCUUCACCUUCCUGCGGCUUCACCCACAACAAGUUCAGCCUGAGGCCAAUGCCAUUUCCCAGCCUGACUCUGGACAGAGGAUACACUCCAGCCCUGUCCUCAGAUGCCCCCAGCAACACUCUCCUCCAGCAACAGCCUGCAUCUCAACAGCCCACCCCCCUGCUCCCUGGUUCCUCAGCUCCACCAGGGGAGCUUGUUCCUCCUGUUGGCCCCGUCCCAGGGGCCCCUUCUACUGCUGUUGUUGCUGAGGAGGCACAGGCCGGAGGCAGCCGUACCAUUCCGACAGCUUGUGUUCGGCCCACCCAUCCACUACGGAGCUUCACCAACCCAUUACUGCCACCACCCAUGGGAACCAUUGACCCCAAGGUGUACACUUCCAUGAUUUCUCAGUCUGGUGGGAGCCUGCCGAAGCCCCAGGUGAAGACGGCCUCCUUGGGUCAGGCCGGGAAAGCUCGCUCCCCUCUGCUGCCGGUCUCGGUACCAACGGCGCCAGAUUUACAAGAAGAGGGAGGGGCAAAGCUUCCGGAGGAUUCAGCAACUAAUGUUUACGAGCAGGAUGACCUCUCAGAACAGAUGGCCAGUCUAGAGGGGCUGAUGAAGCAGCUCAACGCCAUCACUGGCUCUGCCUUCUAACCUGUGAUUCCAGCCCAGUCUGUAAUCCUGGACCUGUGUGGAAACCUAAACCAGUCUGGAUGUCACCCUGUGUCCACUCCCUAAAGCAGCAACAGGUCAACCUGGGUCUGGAAGAGCCCCUCUUUGUGUUUAGCUUCUGCUGGUCUAGACUUCUGUCUUCUGAGACUAGGGUGGGAAUAAGGAGGAUGGGACUUAAGAUAAACACUACCAUGGAACAUUGUUGCUCCAACAGCAGAUUCAAUGCGGACGGUCUUCUUUAGAAGCCCUUCUAGACUGUUCAAGCUCAAACACUAAACUGGAAAGUGAAAUGGCGCUGCCCUGGACUUGAUGGAACGGGAGGAUGGGGGUACAACAGCCCAGCAGGGACUACAUUCAGUGACCCCUCCUAUUCUUCCUAAUUGUGGUAUUUAUUAGAAUCCUCUCAAAUGAGCUCUCCUCAGUUCUCUUACUGUGAUUGUACCUCACACAUUUUUUAGUCGUUGUUGAAAGUGUCCAGUCAUCCUUUGGUUCUGGAGGUUAACUCUGCACAUUUCAGAACUGUGCAUUUGGUUUGAGACAAGAAUCGACAGUUUUGAAAGAGAAAACAUCCUUCAGCACCCCCAAAAAGUCUUUGUUUGGUAGCAUCGGAAGAUCUCACUGUUCUACGGUUUUAAAAUCCUCUAUAACUUUUUAUUUUUCACCUAAGAACAUUUUUUUUUCUCUGAACAGGCCAAUCCCUAAUUCAAACACAGCCCUGCAUCUCUUUAUUCUUCUAAAACCUAUUCAUUAUUGAAAUUUGGAGGAUGGAGUUGAGUUUCAAAAAUGUGGAUCCAUUUCCAGCUUGUUUUUUUUCUAGGCUGUACAAACUCUUUGCAGACUCCCACAGCUCUGCUCUUCACCCUGACCUCUACUCACAGUGCUGCCACGUCAUCCUCAUCUGUGAAGGCAUACUGUGACUUUCCUCCUUUAUUCUUUCAGUCUCCGUCCAAAAUAUGGCCUGAAAAACUAUGAAUGGAAUUCAAAGGACCAGUGGUAAUGGAUACCUUAGAAUGAAUUACAGGUUAGUGCUGAACGAAGCAUCACCCAAGGUGACAGAGUCCAGGCGUGGCCGUCUUGAACGUGGUACACGCUUAAGUCAGAUCAGGCGCUGAAGCACGUGGUACGGCCGUCUGUGAGCUCCUGCCUAUUGAGUGAACAAAUACCUUCAUAUAUGUUAUAAACAGGACUAACAGAAGAGCGUGACCGUCUGCAACUCCCUUCUGUUUCCCACCUCGGAAAGGUAACACCUUCAGAAGUCCAGAAAGAAGUCGGGAACCUUCUUCUGAUGCCCUUUAGCUGACGUUGACACUCCGUAGAAGUUAUCCCAACCAACAGCUAUCAAGGUUGCCGUUUGUGCUGCAAGCCACAGAUAUAAACAGAAGCUGCUUCUCAUUUCAGAAAGUACAAACAGAAAUGGAAAAAUGACUAAAUCAAUGAAACCACAUCUGUACUGUAGAGAAAAGACUAACCAGAACACUCGUGCAUUCUGGGUACACGUUUCUCUGGAGGACUGCACGCCGGCUGCACGCCGGUUUUUUGGAGUUAAUGGCGGGAAAGUCAGAGCUGCUUUGGGAUGUUAUCACACCUGUCAUGUGGCUGCAAAGGACAUAACCGGAGCUCUAAGCAAAGAAACACAAAGCAACUCUGAGGUCAGAACUGUUGGGAUAAAAAAGGAAUAGAUCUGCGGCUUGAACAGACAAAACAUUAUUUUGUCUAUUUGAUGUUUGCAAAGCUAAACCAUAAAAUGACUGCCGUUUGUUUUUCUGGGGAAACAAGAAAAGUUGUCGUCUGAUGAGAUGCAUUCAUGAUCUGCUGAAAAUUGGAUCAAUUUUUCAAACUUUUAUUAUUUUUGAACAUUUGAUUUGCCAUAAGUUGAACACAUGCAGUCUGCACUUAGGGUUCUGUUUGAUACAAAAAUAAGAGAAAAGAAAAAGAAAUAUCAGUAUGACAUAUUUCACAAAGUAUAUUUUUGCAGUUGCUGUUAAGCCAGAACUAAUUUUUUCUUCUGUUUGAUUUAAUGUUUGUGCAGAAAACGACUUCACCCAGAGUGGGAAAUGAUUGUCCACAGUUUUCAUCACACAUUUACCUCCUCUAGUUAACUUGGAUCAUUUGGAGUUUUGUUCUGAGUAGAAACUCCAAAGGAGGAGAAAACAGUUUCCACUAAAGGAUUUCAAACCUGCAGAAUUUGACCUUUAACCUGAGAACUCUGGGAAAUGUAGUCAGCCAGGCAGCCAGAUGGUGAGUUUUUUUUUUUUUUUUUCUUUUCUUUUUUUCAAGCAGCUAAAUUGGAAUUCAAAGUAGAGCAGGAAAUGGUUUUGCAAAAAGAAUGGGAUGUGUCAUUUCCUCAUUACGUUUAUUAUUCAAACAAGAUGUACACUGUGAAAAAAUCCAAGCAAAAUUUUUGUAAAAUAUGAUACAAACUCUUGUUUCUACACUGCCACAGAAAUCCACUUUAGAUUUUCAUUACAAUUUUAUUUAACAGAAAACAAAAGCUCAACGGGAAAGCAUGAGAUAAAAAGGGCCAGAUAUGUGUCUUUGUGAGAGCAAAACAGGAAGUCAAGGGACUAACACGGCACACAUCAAUUAAAAAAGGGAAAAGAGGACAUCAGUGUUCGGAUUUCAUUGUGUCACCGAGUCACCAUAUUGUAAUUUACAGACCUUUAUCUUUCGGUGAUGAAAGGGAAAAGCCGUGGGGAGACGGAGCGCUGCCGGAGGAGCCGCAUUGAUAUGCAGGGCGGUCGGUAUGUGUGAGCGAGGGCACAGAGGUAUGAGGCCGUGAAUUCAUUAGAAUGCCGUUUCUAAUAUUAGGAUUCAAACUCACGCUCGCUGAGCUGUUAUGUUGGUGAGGAAAAACCUUAGAGCUGAAAGCGAACGUCUCACCGCGCAUGUUGAAAUGUAAAGGUGUGUGGGCCGCCUGCAUGAGGAUUGAACUCAUCAGCAGGUUCUUGGAGGGACGUCCUCUCCACGCCCGGUCCACAGAGAGCUGCAAACAGAUGAAAGGGCAAACAUGGUGGGCAGGAGUAAAUUGCUUUACACCUAUAAAAAGAAACACUUUGAAAGAACAGGUUAUCUAAAAAAAAAAAGAUUUGAAUGGCUUUAAAAAAAACAAAUGCUGACUAACCUGACAGAAAAUGGAGAAGCUGCCUUGGUCCCCCUAGCAAAAAAAGUAAGGAAACUCAAAACAUCACCCUCAUUAUCAUAGUGGCAAAACUUGCCUUAUAAUUACACACAGUGGCACGCUGUUCUCAUAUUCACUCUUUGUUACUCGGCCAACAAAAGCCCUAAGGAGGCAGACGGACUCGAUAGAGACAUUGGCAGGGGUAAAAAGGAGGGAAGUGAUGGAAAAAGAAACCGGUUUUGAUCCAUAAGAGCCACCUCUGGUUGAUGGUCAGAGUUUCUUCAGUUUGGGAAACCAGGCAGAAGUAAAACAUUACAAAACCCAGCAUUUAGCCUGAGCGCCUGAUUAAAUCUGAAUUUCCCUGAGGCUGUUAAAAAUUCUCCUUGAUUCUGAUGAUGUGUCCUGAGACGUUUGAUGUUAGAUGCUGAGACUCUUCCAAACUUUAAGGUCUUUUCAUGUUUAGUUAUAACAAACUUUCAAUGCCCAUAAGUGUUUUAUCUGUGAGGGAGUUGUGAGGCCUAACAGCCGGUUUCGUUCUCUCUUUUUUAACCUAAAUGGGAGGUUUUCCGUGCAUUGUCACUGGUGUUUCUCCCUCUAAUUUCUUUUGCAAACGUAUUUAAAGGCUUGCAUUGUUAAAAUGCGUUCUAUCAUUUUGUUCUCACAGCAACGUCUCCACAAGUAGCAGAUCAGAUGACCUGCUCUCCCAGGCCUUUAUCUACAAUGACUUUAUUCUCGAACAGCUGUUGGAAACAAUGAGGAGCUUGAGCAUUUAGUGGUGGGAGGCGUUGUCUUAAAAUGUCGCAUUUCAAAUCCCCAAAACCGUCCAAAUGUCGGUGUUUGUUGUAAAAACUCCACCUGCUUCACCCGCUGACAGGAAAGCUCCUUUCAGACUCUGCUCUGCAUGUCUGAGAACAGUGGUUCUGAUCCACCACAUGUGCAAAAGAACUGCGGUCAGACUGGACCCGUCCUUUCGCCUUUUCCGGUGAGUCUCCAUAGAUUUGGUUUUCCAGAUCAACUUUGGAAAAUAACCCUGACGGAACAAAGGCACAUUUACGCCGACAUUGUCGAUGGCUUCACACAUUACAAGCCCUGAUGAUUUGUUUCCCGUUUUUAGAUUUACACGCACAAGUCAAAAAUCUUGAGCCAAAUAUAAUCAGAGAAAGCAGUUUGAAAGGGUUGGACUUGCAUUGGAAAGUCUGUGUUUUCCAAUUAUGUUUUUACCUUCUUCCCAUUCCUGGUUUGACCUUCAGCAUCAGAUUUUUUUCUGCUUAUUUUAUUUUCAUGGAAAACAGUAGAGAAAGCUUUUAUUUAAAUGACUAAAAAUAGACCGCUUUGUCUCUCUGUUGCACUUUAGCACCAUUUUUUAUAGCUAUAAUAAAUAAAUAAUUAAUACUAUAGUGUCGUUCCCAACAAGUUAGAGUAGAACAGCUUCUGUGGAGAAGAGGAACCUGCUUUAUUCUGAUAGUUUUAGCCAGUUUUUGUUGUUUUUAGUAAAUGUAGGUCCAAAAAGCUUUCAUGAAUUCCUGCUACGAAUAUGUAUUACUUAAGUACACUUUUAUUUACUUAAACUGUGGCCGAUAAAAACCCGAAGCAUUCUUCAUUUGUCCAGGCUAACCACAAUAGUUGUCCUUUUUGUGCCUAAACAAACUAUUUCAAUCGAAACAAAUUCUACAUUCAGUGUCAGAGAGUCAGUUUGAGACUUUUCCGCUGUGAUCAUUAUUUAUUUAAAUGUCCUUAGUGUAGCAUUAUUAUUAGCAUUUAAGUUAGUUACAUGCAGAUUAGUAUCGAAGGUUUCUGCUUAAACUCCCACUAUGGUUUUUUCCAUUUUAAAAUGGCUAAAAUCAAAGAACCUGUGUCGUUUUUUGUAGAGGUUUUCUGCAGCAUUGCAGGAGUUCAGUAGGAAUUUGUUUUUGGGUUGUGGACUGUUGGUGCAGAAAUUCACUCUGCUAUUUUCCCAGCAUGCCUUGGUUUACAAUCUCCUUGCUACCAAUCAACAAGCGCCUCACAAGCCCAAGUUCACAUUAGCAGAGCAAAAAAAAAAAAAAAAAAAAAACGGCGAGCGAUGUCGGCGGUAGCCAGCCGCACACUUCAGUGUCAGAUGGCAGCUCAGACGAGGAAAAUCAAGUCGUUAAUGUAUUUUUCCGUCUGCAGUGGAGGAUUUCGAAUUGAAACGGAGAAGGAAGACUUUGGUCCGCCCGUGGCAGUGACUGCAUCAUAAACCAGAGCCUGUUAAACAUCCGUUAUUCACCUGCUCCUGAUCCAACGCGAUUUGGACAAAGAAAUAAUUAGAAAUGCCAGAUAUGCAGCUCAUGUCCUCCAUAACAUGUCACCAAAAACAGCAUUUUCAUUGCAGUGGGUCUUUACAGGUACAGAAAAUGACAGCAAGAGUAAAGACAUGGGAUUCCAUCCACUGUGAGGAACUUGUGCUUUCCAGAACAAAACAUCUUGGUGUUUUUUUGGAUCGCUCCCCCAUUCUGAUUGGAAAACGAAACCAUUUUAUCGGUUCCAGCGGCACUGCUGUGCCUCUGUCUUUUGUCCUGCUCAAGGUUUCCGGUGCCUUGUACGAGGCAGGUGUGUUUUUAUUCUUUAUUCAUUGAACUCUGUGGAUUCUCUGCAUGUUGUGUGUACUUUCCUGUGGGAAAGCAUCGCUGCAACAGAACCACAUUAAAGAAAGCUGCCUUUUUUUACAGUGUACAGUUCUGCUACAGUAGAAAGGACUUUUUAUAUUCAAAUUUAAUAUAUUGUUAUUGCUAUUACCUAUUAGAGUGCUCUUGGAAUCUAUUAUUUAUAACCAUGUCAUUUUUCUGAAUAUGUAAAUUUAGUUUAGUAAAACAAAAUGAAAAAAAAGGUCAGAUGUGCCAGUUUUAAUUUUUUUCAUUACCGUGAAAGGUUUAUAACAUUUUUUUUAAUUGACUGAUUAUUCUGAUUUAUUCGUUGUUUAGUCUGAAGAGAUAAAGUCAUCCCGUCUUUGUGUUCAUCUUCUUCUGUAGUUCAGGGCUUUUGUUAUAUCUAUGCAGUCUUUCCUUUCUAACUUCAAAAUCAAAGACUAAAAGGAUACCAGGAAAGAACUCUUAGCCUCCUUAAAUAUAAAAAGCUCCUAGUCUACAAACUUUGUUUUUCAAUUGGAAACUGAGAUUUUAAUGACAACUAACUGUGGACAAUAAUUAAAAAGGAUAAGGAAUUGAAAGGAAAACCCGAACCUGCGAGUCGGGUUCAUGAUUCCAUGCAGACCUGCACUAAUGUUUUCCUUUGUUUAUGUUGUUUUGUUGUAGCUUGAACUAAUGUAGCAUGCUAACCCAAAGUUGUGCUGCUCGUUGUAAAUAUUGUCAUUUUAGGUUCUAUGAAACAUUUAACUGGACUGGCUAACUAGUUAGCCUGAAUUUGUAGGGAUGGGAUGAUUGGAAAUAUCUCCUGAAAAACACCACCUCAGCGAAAGAAUCACUGACCGCUGUAACAGAUUACAUUCAGACUCGUUUACUCAGUUACUUUUCUUUAAAAGCUCAUGUCAGGCCACAAAUUUACAUUUAAUGGUAAUGUGGAUCUACAGGGGCUCAUCAAUAUUCUACUAAAAAUGCAAAUACCUACGUUUUAAAGAGUUAUUUUUUAGAAGAAACGGGCCUGGAUUUUAUUAUCAAUCAGGUUUUUGAAUACCAGAAAGUGAAAAUGUCAUCUAACUUUCCUUAUUUUGCUUCAGAAUGACCUUUCUGCUUUCUCUCCAAACAAUAAUGUUCCAGGGACUCAAUAUCAUAAAGGUACUGAAGGAAGUGGUUUCAAUUCCUUUCAAUUCCUUAUUUCAGUCGUUGAACCAGCUUUUCCCAUGACUGCCAUGGUUUCCAGACUAGUUAACAGAACUGUUUGGUGAAAUCAUUUGACAACCGCAUGUGUGAGAACUGAACCAACAAAAUAAAAAACAAGACAGGAGGCGCACACAGACACUGAGGGGGGUUGUGGUUUGUGACAUGAAAACUGAAAUAAAACUGGCUCUAAUACGGUGAAGCUAGCAGGGCAAUGAGUAGAAAACGGUGGUUUCACCAGAAAUCUGAUGAAAGACAUUUGAAAGUAGGUCUGCAGAAGAGCUAAUCUCUAUUAUGUUAUUUGACACACUUAUUGUUAGAUCCUACAACAGUAAUUCUAAACAAUAGAUUCAAGCGAUAACCACAUUUUUCUUUCCUGUGGCUUUGUUAGCCGUUUAGUGUGUUGGCAUCUGUUCCCAUCCUAAGAUGCAUCCAUGCAUCUGAAUUGAUCAUUUUAGUUUUUGGCCUGCAGUGAAUUUUCACUCAUUUGAUGCUGAGCUAAAAUAUUUGCACUCCUAGUGGGAAGGUUGUUCUUCAGACAGGACAGGCACAGGUAGAAGCCAAAAUGUGCCACACUGGCGAGUUUUGCAGCCACAUUAGUAAAAUCUCUUUGCCCAAAAAGAACCUAAGAAUGGGAAAUGGACAAGAACAUCUGAUUUGGAGCUCACACACGAAGCCAGCAAAUGUCUGAUGUGUGUCAAUCAGGUCUGGCGGGGAAAUAAAGCUUAGUUCUUGCCUAAUUCGCCGUAUGAUAAAUGCAUUUAACUGUGAGGCAAAGUGACCACAGGAGCUGAAAACAUCAGAGUCCCAGCCUCUGGAUUUUAAAAAAUUGAGCUUAACUAGUCUUUUGGUACUUUUCCUGUUUAUGUAGACCAGUGAUGCGGAUAAGAAAGCCGUUUGGAGAUGAGGUUCAAAUGAAAACUGAUUAGAAAUAAAUUAUUUGUGGAGCUUGUGGUGAGUUUGAGACUGGAACGAUGUUGUGUGAAGGCAACACCCGGAGUUACACAACAGACAAUUUUGAUGCAGACAUAUUAGAAAAAUAAGUGUUGAACGAGAAUGAAAAAAUGAUUUGGACCUCGUCUCAUCAGGGUGAAGGGAGCCAAAUUGAAAUGACCCUUAUCUCCUCUUAGAGAGUUUCCACAGAAGCCGACAGACGGACAAUUCUGAGGAAACUGUUCUCCCCGUCCCUUCAAGACACGCCCAAGCCUCAAGUCAUCCUUACUAAAUUAGCUUAGUGAAUGCAAUAUUUAUGUGUACAUUUGUUCAUUUGUGUGAGAGGAAGAAAAGAGGAUGUUGAUGAUGAUGAUGGUGACGAUGAUGAGGAUGUGUCGCAUAGGGUAGAGUGACGUUUCUAUCCACUUGUUGUAUACCAUUGCUGGUUUUCUAAUGCACUGUAGAACAGUCCCAUUGUCAUUUUUAUAGAAAUGUUAUUUCAAUGGUGCAUUCUUUUGUUUGAUAAAUAAAGUUUGAUACAAAAACAA